AUGGCGCCCUCCCAGACGCACGCGAAGCCGGCAAACAGACUGCUGACGGCAGAGGACGUCGCGACGGCCGCCAGAGCCGAGUGGGACGCGUGGCAUUCCGCUCCACCACCACCAGGGCGAGAAGCACCACGACAAGGACGAGGCGGAGGCACCAACAACAGCAACAGACCAACCCACCGCCCCCGCAACACACCCUACCUGCCCACCCCGACCGAGCGUGUGCUGCUGGCCGCCUACCCCGCGCUCCUCGUCUUUGGCGCCGUCUUCUCGCUGCUCUCGCCCGAGACGCGCGCGGCGCCGUACGACGCGGCGCGCCACGCGCACACCCAGGACCCCGCGCUGGCGCCGUCGUACUUCGCCCGCAAGGACAACGUGUUCAACGUGCUGUUCGUCAAGCGCGGCUGGGCGUGGGUGUCGGCGGCGUUCUUCGCGUUCGUGCUCUCGCACCCGGCCGUCGCUUCCGCCGCGACGAGGGAUAGUAAUAACAAUAAUGGGGAUAAUGGGGGAGGGCUGCCGCUGCGCGGCCGCGCCGUGGCGCGCUGGGCGGCGGUCACGCUGUGGUGGGUGCUCGUCACGCAGUGGUGCUUUGGCGCGCCGCUGAUCGACCGCGGGUUCCGGUGGUCGGGCGGCAAGUGCGACGUGGCGCGCGACGCGCUGCGCGGGGGCGAGGCGGACGCGGGCGAUUUCUUCACCGCGGCGGCGUGCAAGGCGUCGGGCGGCAAGUGGAGCGGCGGCCACGACAUCAGCGGCCACGUGUUCCUGCUGGUGCUGGGCAGCUUCUUCCUCGUGCAGGAGGUCGGCUGGGCCACGGCGCGGUGGGCGGGCGUGCUGGCCGAGGAGCGGAGCGUGGUCAUGCACGACGGCGCGGUCAAGGGCGCGGGUGCGGCUGGUGCUGGUGCGGCUGGGGGGAGAGCUGGCGGGGACGAGACCGGCGAGGCGGGAGCUGCGCCGCUCGGGUCGCUCGUCACGUCGCUCGUCGCGUCGCUCGGCCAUGGCGGGCGGUUCGCGGCUGCUGUGGUUGGGCUUUGUGUGUGGAUGCUGCUCAUGACGGCCAUCUACUUCCACACGUGGUUCGAGAAGCUUACUGGGCUCCUCGUCGCCUUUACUGGGCUGUACCUCACCUACGUCCUCCCGCGAUUGGUGCCGGCACUGAGGGGGCUGGUCGGGCUCCCGGGCAUCUAA